AUGAAGAUUUACCUGUUCAUAUUGGCUCUCGUCGCAUCAACAGUAAUAUCAGAAACAGAUGUGAGAGACGUCCUGAAAAAUGGAAAUGACAAGUUCACGGCGAAUUUUUUUUAUGAAAUUUCGAAAGAACGAGCAGAUCAAAGUUUCGUAAUUUCAGCUUUUUCGGUUCUAUCUCCUCUUGCACAACUGGCCUUAGCAUCUGUAGGACAUUCUCAUGACGAGAUCCUAACAGCUAUAGGUAUGCCCAACGACAACAUGACAAAAGAAGUGUUCGCUGAUCUGAAUACCAGAAUACGAUCUAUAAAUGGUGUCGAGCUAAAGCAGGCAAACAAGAUAUAUGUUCGCAAUGGUAACAAUUUAAACAGGGAAUUUGCUGCCGUUUCAAGAACUGUUUUUAAUUCGGAAGUCCAAAAUAUCAACUUUGUGAACUCGCAAGAAGCUGCUGAUGAAAUAAAUACGUGGGUCGAAGCAAACACCAAUAAACGCAUUAAGGACUUGGUGAACCCCACUUCACUUUCUGCUGACACUGCUGUUGUUCUUGUCAAUGCAAUUUUCUUCAAGGGAAACUGGCAGUCUCCCUUUGCGACGUAUAGCACACAUGAACGUGAUUUUCUUUUAUCUAAAAGUCAAAACGUUACAGUACAAAUGAUGUAUCAACUUGCUAUGUUCAAAUACGCCGAUAAUGAAGAUUUGGAUGCUAAGCUCCUUGAAAUGCCUUAUGAAGGAGGUGAAACCUCCUUUGUCGUCGUACUUCCAAAACAAAAUGAUGGUAUUGAGUCACUAAUUGAGAAACUUAAAGAUCCAGCCGCAUUGCCGAAAGCACUGAGUACUAUGCAUACAGUAGACGUUCAGGUUUAUUUACCGAAGUUCAAAAUUGAAACUUCUACUAAUCUUAAACAAGUCCUCCAAAAAAUCAAUAUUAACCAAUUAUUUGUAGAAGGACAAGCUCAUCUUGACAAUCUUAUAGAAGGUGCAUCUAACCUAUAUGUGAGUGACGCUGUUCAAAAAGCUUUCAUGCAAGUGGACGAAACCGGAACUGAAGCAGCUGCAGCCAAUGCGUUUGGAGUAGGUGCUGCUUUUGUAAUCGACCCACAUAAUUAUGAAAGCUUCGAUGCUGAUCAUCCUGAUACGCAAAAGAGUAUGUACAGAGUAUGCAAUAAUAGUGAUGCUUCCCUGUUUCAUGCAUAUCAAUUAAGCGAGUCUAUCAUAGGGGGAGCAGGACGGCUAACUGUGGCCAGGGUGUCGGUACUCAGUGUAGGUGGCGAUUCAACUUCCUGGCUACAUGUACAUAUCCUGUAUUUAUGA